CCGGCAGCAGUCAGUGAAGUAAGACUAAUCUAUUUGAGUGGGACAACGGGAGCUUAGUGAUCGCCGAGACGGGCAGAGUCGCUCGUGACAGCCGCGCGUGUGUGAAACCUGCCAGCCAGCCAGCACGUGCUGUGAGACGCAUUGUUCCUGCACACACACCUCAAGCCUUUCUUCCCCGACAGGUUGAGACGGUUUUCUUUUGUUUUCCGGGGAGAAGUGUGGCAUUGUGCGGGGAGACGUGAACGCUCGCUGGCUCGGUUCGCGGCCUAAGCAACUGGUUUUAAUUUUUUUUAUCGGUCCUCGCUCGGAGCCACCGUAUAGUGCGAGUUUGAAGGGGGUCGAAUACAUCUUGGCGGAUUAGGUGCAGCGACAGACUCGAACGCACGGACGACGACCCGCCACAAAAAAGGGGGCGGCCAGAAAAUGGAGUCGGUGAAAAAAGAGCGCGUGUCCCCGCUGCUGGGCGACGGAGGGGGCGGCAGUUACGGUGCCCCCGACCUGUCCAUCAGACCCUGCGGCGGCGGUGGUGGUCCCCCUCCACCACCACACACCAACGACCACAAGACGACUGUCAAGUCGUACCUGGCGUCCGUCGGCGGCGUCGGCGCACCUGCACAGACCAGCACCUCCCUCUCCGCCUCCACCCUGGCCACCGUCAUCACCACCACGGCCUCCACCACCACCGUCACCGGAGACCUGGCCAGGAGCGUCAUCUCCAGCAGAGGAGGAGAUAACGGCGUGGUGGAGACCGUCCUCCUGCCCGGCGCCCCGAACUUCUCCGGGGAGAUCAGCGAUGCUGUGGCCAAGAUCCUCGAAGAUUACGACUGGUCCAAGAUUCCCCUCGCCAACAAGGACGGCGGCGGUGACAGCGAGAGGCGGAAGGUCCACGUCAAGAGACCCAUGAAUGCCUUCAUGGUGUGGGCGCAGGAGGCCCGUCGCAAGCUCUCCUGCUCCCACAGGCAGGUCCACAACGCCGAGCUCUCAAAGUCCCUCGGCAGGAUAUGGAGGGGCAUGACGGAGGAGCAGAAGCGGCCGUUCAUCGAGCGAGCAGACCACCUGCGCCGGAAGCACAAGCAGGAGUACCCGGACUACAAGUACCAGCCGCGUCGGAGGAAGGAGAACGUGAAGACGGUCGGCAAGCCCUCCCACGGCGGCCCCGGCGGGAACACCCAGCUUGGGGGCCUCCACGACCUCUCCGGCAGCCACCACUACGUUAACACAGUCAAGGCCAACAGUCUGGGGCUGAGUCUCCACCCGCUGUCGCCGCCACACUCGCCCUCGGGCCAGGGUGUGGUCCGGGGCCACACCGAGGGCCACUUGGGUGAGACCGUCUUCGUGCCCGACUGCCUCGCCGACACCUUCGAGAACAUCGACCGGGCGGAGAUGAACAAGUACCUGCUGCCUGACCAGGGCGCCAGCGGCCACUACGUCACCACGCAGGGCCACGUGGCCCACCAGCAGAUGUCCACCAUGUCCUCCAUGGCGGCUCCCAGCAGCAGCAGCAGCAGCAGCUCCUGCAACGGUACCCUCAGCUCAGGGGGCUCCGGCCCCCUCGCCUCCCUCCCGCCUCUCACCAGACUCAUCCCCUCCGCCCCGGCAUACGGAGGGGCGGGCUCCCCCUACUACAGCGGGGGCGCCUCCCCCCAGCCGGGAAGCCACGGGUCUCCGGACAUUCCGGGUGACAUGGCGGGUGGAGUGCCCUCGGCGGGCGGCGUGUCCCCAGGGGGAUCGCCGGGGUCGCCCGCUGGCGAGUUCGUCGAGCUUCAGCCGCCGCGAGUGCCCAAGGAGGAGCCUCUGCCGCCGCUCACGGCGCCCAAACCCUCCAACGUCAACCCAUUCCUCCACCAGAACCUCUGUUACUCCACCCAACCCUACGCUGCCUUCCCCUACUCCUACCAGUACGCUGCCGCCAUGUGGCACUGAACCCCCCACCCCCACAACCCCUCCCCUGCUCGGACAUGCCCAAGGCUGCCCCCCCCUACGAGUGUCUUAAGAUAAUACAGAGACCACAUGAGACAACUGGUGUCGUGGACAGAGAAAACUUGUCAGUGUCAGAAUAUCAAUAGAGACAACAGAACUCGCGGGAGACAGUGCCCCCCCAGUGGUUGCCCGCCCCCCCAGUGCCGUCACAACGGUGCCUCUGGUGCCUGUUCACUAACAGUAAUGUGCGAACUGGAACAUUAUUUUCCAAAGGUCUUUCUCCCUCCGUCUGCUUGAGACCCUCCGAGCUCUAUACCCACAGAUACUGUCGAGACCUCUACGCUAGCAUAGGGGUUACCCCAGGGGUCAAGGUGUCACCCCCAGGGGUCAAGGUGUCACCCCCCAGGGUCAAGCUGUCACCCCAGGGGUCAAGCUGUCACCCCCAGGGUCCAAGGUGUCACCUCCAGGGUCAAGCUGUCACCCCAGGGGUCAAGAUGUCACCCCCAGAGUCAAGCUGUCACCCCAGGGGUCAAGCUGUCACCCCCAGGGUCAAGCUUUCACCCCCAGGGGUCAAGCUGUCACUCCAGGGGUCAAAGUGUCACCCCAGGGGUCAAGCUGUCACCCCCAGGGGUCAAGGUGUCACCCCUGGGGUCAAGCUGUCACCCCAGGGGUCAGGCUGUCACCCCAGGGGUCAAGCUAUCACCCCAGGGGUCAAGCUGUCACUCCUAGGGGUCAAGGUGUCACCCCCCAGGGUCAAGUAGCGGACCUUAUACCAAAUCCUCAAAGAGUGCCAUAUCCUCUUAACAUAAGGGACCACAUCGAAUUAUAUUUUUAUAAGCUGGAAGUUCCUCCCUACAACAACACUAGGACCAGUCCACAAGUCCUCGAGGGUUGAGGAGAGACUAUAGCCUAGCCAAAAAUGUAAUCAAACUAAACAGGAUAGAAUUAGAAACUGUAAAUACUUUUAGCAUAGAACUUGUAUUAUUCAACUUGAGCAUUCUGUAACAAGCUUCUCAUUCCACCACAACUCAAUUUGACUCGUAAUUUAAAACAUCUAUAAUAAGCAUAUCAAAUUUAUAUAAAUUAAAUACGAAGGUCAUUCCAAACCAAAAAAAAUUAUGCAGUUGUAAUAUUACAUUUGUUAUUCAGAGGAUAUAUUAAGAAUAUUAUGUGAGAGAUAUUCAUUCCAACACAAUAUCUCUGGUGAUACAUUGUGCCUUAUUAGAUAUAACCCCUUCCCCCCCUUCCUAGCUACUGUACUAGCUAGCUUCUUCUUAACUACUAGAUACCUUAGUCACGUGACCCACCGAGUCAACCAGAGAGAGAGAGAGAGAGAGAGAGAGAGAGAGAGAGAGAGAGAGAGAGAGAGAGAGAGAGAGAGAGAGAGAAGAGAGAGAAAGAAAGAGAGAGAGAGAGAGAGAGAGAGAGAGAGAGA